UGACAGAGAGAGGAAGAGCGAUGGGAGGGGAGUAGAACAGAAGGAGGGAGGGUUUAUAGUGCCAAAUAAGCUGCCCUCUCUUCUCCCACGUCUCAGUCUGUGAGCACUGGAGCAGCGCGCGAGCUCUGGUAGCGCAUUCCCGACGUGUACACCUGGAAGCCCUAUUCAUUCACCCAGGGAUGCAGCGCUCACGUAUGAACGGCAGGGACGCCGUUAACUGCCUGAGUUAGUGUCUGAAAUCUGUCUUGACGAGAUCCUUUGAGCACGGAGGCAGAGGCAGCGGAGGAGGAGGUGACAGGCAGAGAGCUGGAUGCUGAGCUGCUCAGCUCAGUCUGCAAUUAAGGGGCUGGCACUGAGGACGCAACCCUGCCCGAGGAUUGGAUAGCACACACCGGAUGCUGUGACCGAAAUCCACGAGUUGUCACCCCAACUCUGCUGCUGCUGCUGCUGCUGCUGCUGCUGCUGCUGCUCGCGUGUGUGCCAAACACACUGUCCUUCUGGAGAAAGCAAACUUGAGGGAUCCGUUCGAGGUCCAGCACGAUUACCACAGCAAAACAGAUCAGACUCAUCAUUACUCUCUAGAUAAACAACUGAAGAAAAACACUGGUGUAUGCAGUCUGCACACAGAGCGGAGCAGCGUCAGUCAUUGGAAUGGCCAUGUGUAUUUGCUGUAAACAUAGGUAGUGACAUGACUGAGGUCUGACCCUGGAGAUGCCGAAGAGACGAGACAUCGUCGCCAUUGUAUUGAUCGUGUUGCCUUGGACACUGCUCAUCACUGUUUGGCACCAGAGCGCCAUCACCCCACUGCUUGCUACUCAAAAGGAUCACAGACGUGAUGGUCACUCCAACUCCAGGAACGCCUUUGCUCUCAAGGACUCCUGCUCCCUUCAGAACCGGGACAUUGUGGAGGUGGUGCGGACAGAGUACGUGUACAGCCGGCCCCCGCCUUGGUCCGACAUCUUGCCCACUAUCCACGUCAUCACACCCACCUACAGCCGCCCGGUGCAGAAGGCAGAGCUGACUCGCCUGGCCAACACGUUGCUCCACGUGACCAACCUGCACUGGAUCCUGGUGGAGGACUCCCAGAGGAGGACCACCCUGGUUGGCCGCCUCCUCCAGGACACAGGGCUCAACUAUACUCACCUCAACGUGGAGACACCAAGAAACUAUAAGGUGCGCGGAGACACACGUGACCCCAGAAUACCGCGGGGCACCAUACAGAGGAACCUGGCUCUGCGAUGGUUACGGGAGACCUUCAACGUAAACAACAGCCAGCCUGGGAUUGUCUACUUUGCAGAUGAUGACAACACAUACAGUCUGGAGCUGUUUGAGGAGAUGCGUUCUACGAAAAAAGUGUCUGUGUGGCCAGUGGCCUUUGUGGGUGGCCUACGGUAUGAGUCACCCAAAGUAAACACCUUGGGCAAGGUGUAUGGCUGGAAGACUGUUUUCGACCCACAUCGACCCUUUGCCAUAGACAUGGCUGGGUUCGCAGUGAACCUGCGUCUGAUUCUGUCCAAACCACAGGCUUAUUUCAAGUUACGUGGAGUGAAGGGAGGAUAUCAGGAGAGCAGCUUAUUAAAGGAACUAGUCACCCUCGGUGACUUGGAGCCUAAAGCUGCAAACUGCACUAAGGUAUUAGUAUGGCAUACACGGACGGAGAAGCCUGUGCUGGUAAAUGAGGGCAAGAAAGGAUUUACAGAUGCUAAUGUAGAGAUAUGACAAACUUCAUCUGACACAGGGAAGGAAUUUCUCUACAUUAUUCUACCUGGAUUCAAACCAACCUCAGAACUCUGAAAAGCAACGGCUAUGGCCAAAAAUAUAACCACAGCAGAAUAGCUGUGCUUCCUCACAGCUUAAUCCCUGACCAUCCCAGGAGGCAGCAUGAAGCCAAGUGCCAGCCACAGGGCAUCAAAGCACAAACUGCACACAAAAACAAGGCGACCCCGUUCCGCUCGGAGUGCCGGCCGACACCGGCAGGAGUUGCCAAAAGGAGCUUACCCGCUCAGGUCUCCUCGGAGAGUUGAGACAAAGGAUGAUACGCUUAAACUUCAGGAAGAGAUGGAAAAGCGAGCAAUAAAGAGUCCUCUCAGCACAGACAACACCAGCCAACCGUCCAAUCAGCAUUAAAUAGGGCCCUUUUGUUCUGAGGCUAGCUGGCUGUCGGGUACAGGGCUGCACAGAGGAAUAAAAGAAGUCCUUGUUUGAAGUGAGUCAGCACUGACUGACAGAUCGCAGUGAUGGGAUCUGAGCCCUCCCCACUCGUACUGUACAACACUGAGCUAUUUAGAUAGCACCCUGAACCCAGCACUAAUUAGGAGCCGUGUUACUCCUCAACACAAAUUCUGACGUGUUCAACACUCUCACAGAUACAAAUGUACUGGAGCAGUGAUUUAUUACAGUGCAACAGCAAUGUUCUUGUAGACUCAUAUACAACAAGUUCCAGUUUAGCUUAAAACACUACUGUUACAGUCCACAAAUAUUAAAGGGAGGAUUCAGUAUUGCGGACUGUCACUUUCACCGGCUGCUUGAUAAACUAAGCUACAGCUAGAAGAUUGCACUGGAGGAACUUAGCAGUUAUUUAUUGUUUCAAAGGAACCGGCACCAUUCACUUGGUAGUUGCAAACUGUAUUUGUGAGAGUCAAUGGAAUAUGAAGCCAUUACUCUAAAAGUGGGAUGAUGUGUAUCCUUUCAGAAGCUGUAUUACACAUUCUAAUUAUCCCCACCAUGGAUGGAUGGCUGGCAAGUGAUCAGUAGCACCCCCUUUAAAAGCAAAUAUUCUCUCACACUCUGGCUUUAACAGUUUGGUUUGUUAUGAGUGGGACAGGUAUUUGAGAUCUUAAACAUUCACUCUGAGAUAGGGGUCUUAUGUUGCUACAAUGCUGCUUGGGUUUCAUUUGAAAGCUGUUCACAUAACUUCUGCCACAACUCAUGUUGUCCCAUGAAACUGUUUUCUGUUUUCUUUUUUUUCUUUUUUUUUACAGGCCUUUUUACAGGAGAUAAUUUCAAUUACUGCUACGUGACACAUUCUCCAGAAUAUUCACACAAGCAAUACAACAGUAACAAUAAGUUAUAACUGCCAUCCCCAAAACAAAAAUCAUUUUUCUUCUUGGGAAUUCACGGGUAAGAAGAUAUGCCUGGAAA